AUGGACAGUACCGCUGAGAUAUACGCAAACUCACCCCGCUUCCGGCGGCGGUCGAGUACUUUUGUCGACGCAAUCCACGACUUACCCACCAAAGAGGAAAUGGCUCCCGCUCAACUCUAUAGCACAGAGUCAGGCCGCCUCUUCCAUUCCGGUCGCAUAGUCAUCGCCACCUGUGGACUACCAGCUCGAGGAAAGACACACACAUCUGUCGCCUUAGCCCGCUACCUCCGGUGGCUGGGUGUCAAGACGCACGUGUUUCAUCUUGGCGACUACCGCCGCGCUACGCUAGGUCCGGACAACGAUGUCCCCGACGACUACUUCUUUCUGAACGCAUCGCCGCAAUCUGUCCUAUUACGCAACAAGAUUCUCAAGAAGUGCCGUGAGGAUAUCUACCACUUUCUGGAAAACGACAAGGGCCAGGUGGCUAUUUACGACGCCGUCAAUGCAAUCAGUCAAGGCCGUAGAUCUUUAGCGAAAGAGUUUGCCAAGAACGGGAUCCAGACAGUCUUCAUCGAAUCACAUUGUACCGACGAGCGCAUCAUCCAAGAGAACGUCCGCCGGGUCAAGAUCUCUUCACCAGAUUACCAAGGAUGGAAAGACGAGGAUGCGGUUCACGAUUACCUAGCACGCAUCAACGCGCGGAUACCGCAUUUCGAGACUAUGGAGGAGCCGGACCUACACUGGAUCAAGAUGAUCAACGCUGGCGAGCGAGUGGUAGUCAACAAUUGCGCAUUCGGAUACCUCUCCCAACGAAUCGUCUUCUACCUGCUCAACCUUCACAUCAAGUCACGGCAAACGUACUUUGCUCGGGCAGGAACUACGCGAGAGGAGGACUCGUACAAAGCCGACGCAGACCUAUCACCAGCAGGUCAUGAAUACGCCAAGAAGAUGAGCGAAGUACUCCUGAAGUAUCGCGAAGAGGAGAAGCAGAAGCUGAUCGAGUCGGGAGCAACUGAUGCAUCGCUGAAACCGUUGACGAUCUGGACUUCCACGCGCCGAAGGACUGUACAGACAUCAGAGGUUCUAGCCUCCAUGGGCUACCGCGUCAGACAGCGAUCGCAAAUGAGCCAGAUGAACCCUGGUGUAUGCGAGAAGAUGUCAGAAGCCAAGAUCCGCCAGGAAUUCCCCGAGGAAGUCAAGAAGCACGAAGCUGACCCGUACCACCAUCGAUACCCGCGCGCAGAGUCAUACCAUGAUCUUGCAGUGCGCAUGGAGCCCAUCAUCCUAGAGCUUGAGCGUGAAGAGAACGAUCUUCUCAUCAUCGCUCACGAGUCUGUUCUUCGUGUGCUUUACGGAUAUCUAAUGGCAUGUAACGCAGCCGACAUACCCAAGCUCGAGUUCCCUCGCGACGAGAUCAUUGAGGUAAGCUCAUCUAUACUACUCGCUGCCAUCCUUAUCCUUAUAUUAACACCCUCCCAGAUCAUACCCUCCUCCUACAACAACGUGGCAAAACGCAUUAAGAUUCCCGAGCUACCCGAAUCCAUGGUUCCUGGAAGCCCCGAAGACAUCAAGAUCCCCGUCCCACCCAGUGGAGCCGUAAGUCCACUAUCUGGAAUGGGUACCCCUCAAGCUGGCUCCGGCACCGCGACACCCCAGCAUGGUGUGCAACCCCUGAAUCUGAAGGCACAUAUUAACCCUUCUUCUUGA